UUAAGUCUUGCCAAUGUAAACAUUCAAGAGAUUUUACACCAUUCAAGUGCAAGAAGAUGCAAAAGAGAACUCAGUUCAGUACAGUAGAUCUACCCGUUAGCAGAAUGUCUAAAGUGGGCUAUCAAAAAAAAGAGUUCUCAGAAAUGAUCAAAUAUCUGUCUGGAAAAAAUGAAUGAAUGAGGCGGUCACCUUGUAAGUAAAACUUUCCUCCUUAAACAUCCUGUUGAAACCGUUUAUAUAGACUUGCAGCUUCUCUCAGUAACCACUUCUUUCCUGUCGAUGUGCUGAAGUGUUUGCAGCACUCUGACAGCUACGCUUAUUUGAGAGGCAAAUGCAUGGAUUUUUGUCCAUAAUGAAGCUCAUCAUUUUCUUCAUCUGCGUACUUUUCGUUUACUCAGAGAGGCACACCUUCACCAUAACUUACACUGAAAUAAAUGGACAGACGAUUGCAAGAAUUCCAAAGGUUUCUGCUGUAGCUACACUGGAUGGACUGCAGAUUGAUUAUUAUGAUAGUGUGAGAAAGAAGCUGAUUCCCAAACCGAACUGGAUGACAAUUGAAUCCAGAAACAUAUGGAAAGAUUACACUGAGAUCAGAGAACAAGUGCGGCAGAUCAACAAAAUUAACAUUACUGUUCUAAUGCAGCAGUUAAAUCAGUCACAUAGUGUUCAUGUGUAUCAGAGGAUGUAUGGAUGUGUUUGGGAUUAUAAGACUAAUGAUUCAGAUGGAUUUGAUCAGCAUGGUUAUGAUGGAGAAGAUUUUAUCACACUGGACCUGAAGAAGCUCAGAUACAACUCACCUGUACCGCAGGGAAUCCCCAUAGUGCAGAAGUGGAACAAUGAUAGUCAACAACUACAAUUACUGAAACAAUACUGCGAACAAGAUCGCAUUGACUGGAUAAAAUAUUUCUUGGAAUUAGGGAAAGAUGCUUUAGAGAGAAAAGAAAAAGUGUCUCCUUUAGUGUCUCUGGUACAGAAGAAUUCCUCCUCUCCGGUAGUGUGUCAUGCCACAGGUUUCUACCCAUCAGAAGUGAAUAUCACCUGGUUAAGAAAUGGAGAGGAGCACUAUGAGGAUGUGGAGCUUGGAGAGCUACUACCAAAUGAGGAUAGAACCUUCCAGAAGACAUCUACCCUUCAUAUUCAUCCAGACGAGUGGAAGAAGCACCAGUAUGUUUGUGUGGUGGAGCACAAGACAGGGCCCAUCCAGAAGAAUCUGACUGAGGACGAGAUCAGGAGUAACAAAAGUAAGUUAAUAGUGCGGUAUAGUGUUUAUAAUGUACCCAUAAUGCACUGUGAGGGUCGUGCCAAUGAAUAG